AUGACUACACGAUGUCAUUCUGAGAAUCUAUUCUCUGUCAAAGGCAAGAUUGCUUUGGUAACAGGAGGAGGAAGUGGAAUCGGAUUAAUGGCAGCAAAAGGAUUAGCUGCAAAUGGUGCAAAAGUGUACAUCGUUGGACGUAGAAAACAAUUAUUGGAAAAAGUUGCAGAAGAAAACAAAGGAAAGUUUUCAGGUUCCUUACAUCCAAUCGAAGGUGACGUUUCCUCCAAAGAGUCUUUGGCCAAUGUUGCCAAAUCAGUCAGUGAAGGAUAUUUGGAUGUCUUGGUCAAUAAUGCAGGUAUUGAAGGUCCAGUUACCCUUUUGGGACCUAAAGUAGGUGAAAUGACCGCUGAUGAACUCUCAAAAGCUCACUUGGACAGUGAAUCAUACGAAAGUUGGUCAAAAUUAUUUCAAAUCAACACUUCUGCCGUUUUCUUUGCAACGAUGUCCUUCUUACCUCUUUUGGGAAAGAGUAAAAGUGCAAAUAUUAUCAAUAUCACUUCAAUUAGUGGACACGUGAAAUGGUCCCAAGACCAUUACGCAUACAACGCCUCCAAAGCCGCAGCAAAUGCAUUAACUUCAAUGUUAGCACAUGAACUCAAUUAUCGUUCUCAUCUCAACAUCAGAGCGAAUGCUAUUGGUCCAGGACUCUAUGCGAGUGAGAUGACGGCUGAUAUGCUUGAGAAAGCAAAAAGCGACACUUCUGCUCCCGCUCCUGGAACCGGUAACCCUGCCGGAAGAACAGGAACAGAUGAGGAGAUGGCAAGUGCGAUCCUUUUCUUGGCAACAAACAACUUCGUUACCGGUCAAAUCCUUUACCUCGAUGGUGGCUUCGUCACUGCUGUUCCUGGUGGUCAUUAA